UUGCUUCACCAAGUCCUAACACAUCUGUGGCAGAAACACCAGAGGGCUGCUCAACCACAGCAGGGAGUUUAAACAGCAGCAGAGGGAUUAGUUUAAGACAUGCAGCUGUAGAAUAAGGGAGAAAAACCUGUGUUUGCGUCUUAACUUCUGCAGAAAAUGACUCUUUAAAAGGAGCAGUGCGUGUUAGGAGCAUCGAUGAGUCCAGGUGUGACAUCCGCACUUAAGAACGUAAACACAAGAGAGUGAUUAGAUGUCACCGUGGCAGGUUCUUCGUGCAGGCCGAGCGAGCCGGGCAGCUCUGGGUUACCGUGUUCAUCAUGGACCUGGAGUUCUGGUGCAUUACAGCACAACUCCUGCUGCAGCUCGAGACAGCAGUAGGAGCUUCUGUUUGUCCAGGGAGAAAGUCGCCCUUCAGGAGCUGAACAGGAGGCUGGCCUCGUACCUGCAGCAGGUCCAAUGUCUGGAGGCCGUCAAUCAGAAGCUGGAGCGUCAGAUCCAGGAGGAACUGGACAAAAAGGGUCCCGGAGAGCUGAGGGAGCUGGACACACACCUGAGGACAGUGUCUCUGCUGCAGCACCAGAUUGGUGAAUGUCUCUCGGCUCGGGCUCAGGUGAAGCUGCAGCUGCUCAGUGCAGAGCUCACCUCCUUGGACCUCAGUGCAAGGUAUGAAAAGGAGCGAGAGUGUCAUGUUCGUCUGGAGGCGGAGCUUAGUGACCUGAGGCUGCUGGGGGAUGAGCUUAAUGUCCACAAACUGCCAGAGCUUCAGAGUCUUCUAAACAGUCAAUUACAACAACUGAUGGAGCUGCAGAUUCAACAUCAACAGGACAUGCAGGGUUGCCCAACCCAGGUGUCAGGGGUUGCAGUGAAGAUGCAGACCACCGGGUCAUCAGACCUGAUCCAGCAGCUGCAAGACCUGAGAGAGUGUGUGACAGUGCUGAACAAGAACCAGAACGAGUGCUGGUUCAACACUCAGGUGUCCAUGUCGGCCGGUGACUCGAUAGCAGGGUCAGAGGUAGACCAAUCAGAACUAGAGGACCUGAGAAGAACAGCAGCAAGUCUGGAAGAGGAACUAAGCCAACUUCAGGAUCUGAAUGCAGUGUUGGAGGCUUCUGGUCUGGAGCAGACAGAGUCCUUCGUUCUGCAGCUGGAGGUCCUGCAGCAGAGAGCAGACUAUUUGUGCAGAGAAUUUGACUCAGUUUUGCAGGGAACAGCUCAGCAGGCUGCAGAUUAUGAGGCCCUGCUAUAUGUCAAGACAAAACUGCAGACUGAGAUAAACGGCUACAAGAGGCUGCUGGACGGAACGGGUCAGCAAAGGUUCUCAAGUCUUCACUUGAACUCUGUGACCAAUUUCCCAUCUUACUGUGCCACAACCAGCCCCUCUGCUUUAAUGAAAAACUUUACAGUGCACAAAACUGUCAGUAGUCAGGUAGGAAAUCAAAGAAUGAAUCAGAUUCAGACUGUCUCCAGAGACAACAUCUGCACUGUUAAAAAAACACCCGUACUUGGUUCACUCACAGAAAUAGUGACCACAAGCCAGACGAUCACGGACAACAGCAAACAUCCAAACAGUUUAAUAGUAAGAUCGAUUAACACAUCAAAUCAGAAAGGGUCAUUCCAGAAGUCUGAAAACAAGAAGACUGAAGCUCUUUCUGAGGGGACCGAAAGGGAAUCCAUGACCACUGGUGCAAAAAUUAACAAACAAAGCAUCCCUGUGGAAGAUAAAAUUAACUAUGAAGAUCAUGGCCCACUGAACUCAGGGUUUGUUGAUUGUCAGAUUAGCCAAAAUGUCCAAGACAGACAGACAUUAGAGUUACAUACGUCCAACAACAUGUUGCUUUCUGGCAAACAGUCUGCUACAAGUCCUACUGUUCUUCCAAAACUAGAAACUCUGAUUUCCAACCAAGCAACAACAGAGGCCUUUAAACACACAACCCCUCCAACUGAGAUUAGCAAAGCCUGUGACACUGAUCCCAGUGAACAGACUGCUGCAGAGAUUAAGACAGAGACAGAAACUGUGGGUCCCUCACCAAUAAAUUGCAUUGAGGGCGCCGUUCAGGCUGAGGAAAAACAAGAACUUAUCACUUCUGAACAAAACACCACUGAUGCUGGUUUACAGUCUAACAGGUUAGGUUCAAACAUUCAUAAUGUGAUCAUCGAAACCAUUCCUUGUGCAGAACCAGAUUAUGCAUUCAGUAGCGAAGAAAAUAAUGUCACGCAGGAGUCAGAUUCAGGAUCUGGCAUUGCAUUACAUUGCCCAGACACCAAUGUUGACUUCCAGAGAAGAACUGAAAGUGAAGCUAUUUUGAACAAAGUAGAAGUAGAAGGGAACAAGAGGGAGGUAGUCAAAAGUUCUAAUGAUAUCAACAAGGUGGAGAUUAACCCUGCUGAAAUAGACGAUGACAUAAAUAAUCCACCAUGUCAAGAAGAAUUGAUGAGUACUACAAAGUCCAAAGAGUCGACAAGUCGAACAGAUUCUGGUGUGGCUUUGAGUUCAUCCAGCACUGAUGGGUUUCUGAGUCCAGAUGAAGGUCGUGUCUUUAUGAGCCCCUCAAAUCCACUCUCAGCUUUGAGUCAAGAAAUGUGUCUUAGCCCAGUUGAGACAGAUGUGAUAAUGAACAUGACUGAUCAAGUAUUUUGCCCAGUUGAUCUAGAUAGUAGAAGUCCUGAUUCACUCCUGAGUCCAGAGGACCCAGACAUGUUUCUUAGCCCAAAUGAUCCCAACACAUGUUUGAGUCCAGUUGAGGCAAAUUUGUGUCUAAGCCCGAAUUUUGAAGAUGAGGACGAGGACGCAUGCCUAAGUCCAUCAGAGGCAAAUACGAGGGUGAGACCAGUCGAGAAAUAUGUUCUUACAACAAAAGAGGAAGGCCGAUCCCUGUCGUUUAGUGGAGAUCAAGCUUUGCCAGGAGAGGGCAGAAACAGAAAAGUAAGCAUUUCAAUGAGCGACGGAGACAGUCUGCGUUUUGGAUCAUUUGAAGAUAACACAGAGAGUAGCUAUAGUGUGAAUAGUUCAAAAGUCAACUGCAAACCCACCAGUCAAGGGAUUGGAAGCCAGUCAAAAGGCUUGGAGUUCAAUGGUCCCAGUGGACGUAGUGUCAUAGCAGACAAAGAGGAACAGCUAGGUUUUGGAGGCCUUUAUCGAAGAAGUACAGGAAAUGCACCUAGUCCCCGAGAUAUGGACAAAAGCACAGGAGACAAUAAAGACAUGAAGAAUAUCCAGAAUCCUGGUGACAGUCUAGGAGGCACAAAUGGCACAGACCAACAGAAAGAGGAUCCCUGUAUGAAGAGUGGGAUAAGGGAGCAGAAUAAUUCUAAUAAUAAAUCAGGUGACUUUCGUAUUGUACCUGCCAAUGAAAGGACUACCUUCAUUGGUGUGACUAAUAAUUUAAAUGACGUGGCUCCUAACAGUGGUGUGGCGAGUGAUUCAGCUAGAGUCAGUAAUAAUGAAGAUGCUGCUGCAGAGACACAGGGAAGAUUUAGGAAAGGCAGUGGAGAUUGGAAGGUUUACGGCGUCAGUACAGGAAACACAAGUACAAGCUUAUCCAGCACAGGGAGUGAAGAAGGUCCAUCAGCGGCCACGCUUCCAGCAACAAGCCGGCCAGAAACAGGGAGGUUUAGUAGAAGAGGAAGUGGGGAUUGGAUGGUUUAUGGCAGUCUUGGGCGUAAGAGCAGCUUAUCUAGCACAAGAAAAGAAGAAGCCGCGCUCUUGUCAACAAGCCAACCAGAAACAACAUUUGGUAGCAUGGUUAGCACCACUGGAGAGUUGAUGGUCGGCAGCAGCAGUCUUAAACAUACCAUCCGCCAGGCUGGCAGUGAGAAGAGAAGAGAAAGUCUGCCAACAGCCCCGCACCUAGCAACAAGCCCGCCAGAAACAGGAAGGUUUGGCAGCGGAGGAAGUGGAGAGUGGAAAUUCUAUGGUGGAAGUACUGGUCGUAUUAGCAGUUGGGCUGGUAGCAGUAGCUUACCAAAUGCUGACGACAAAAAAAGGUCAUUGGCUGAUCUACAACUAGCAACAAGCCCGCCUGCGAUAUCUAGAACAGGAAGAUUUGAUGGCGGGGGGAGUGGGGAGUGGAAGUUUUAUGGUGGGAGUACUGGACGUUCGAGUAGUGCCAGCAGUGCAGAUGGAGCCAGCGUCAGUCAUAUCAUCAGCCCACCAACUAGUGGACAAAGACUCAGUAGUGGUGGGAGUGGAGGCAGACUCAGCUCUGGAGGUGUUGUAAGGCGCAGUAGUAGUGUAGGUAGUGGCGGCAGGCUCAGCAGCUCAUCUGGUAGCCACAGGACUAGCAGAUCUGGGAGAUAUGCUAGCACUGGCAGCGGUGAACGGAAGCCUGUCUACGUCUCAUCUAGCGGACGCAGGAGCAGUUCGGUGAAUGCAGGCUUGUCAGGUGGAGUGGGGAAGACCAGCGGCCAAAGAGCCCCAAGCCCUGGGGGAAGAAUGAGUGGCAGUAUUGGUAGUGGCGGUUGGCUGAACAGUUCAACAGCAGAUGGGAAUCACAUGAGUAGCAGGCCUAGACUCAGCAGUGCAGGUAGCAGUGACAGAGUUAGCCGCCAACCAGGGGGUAGGAUCAGCAGCUCCUCUGGGUCAGGAAGAGCCAGUAGCACGGGGGGGCGGGCCAUCAGCAGCAGCAACUGGCCAAUCAGAAGCACUGGCAGCGGAGCAGGAAGCAACAAGGAAAGAAUCAGUGUUUGCAAGAUGGCGGCUCUGUCAAUGUCAGCAGCCGGGAGGGAGAGAAGUCAGGACAGAAGAAGCCAAGCUCAGAAAACCCAACAACAACAACAACAACAACAACAACGACAGGCUACAGGUACGUCUCCUCUUCUCCAGCGAUGGCUGUCAACUGGUGUUGGGGUCACCAGUGCUGACCCCGAAGGCAUUAAUGAUGUCAUGCAUCUCUGAUAGGAGUGACAACCCACUUAGAGGCUUAACAUACCUACAAGUGCAAAACUACUAAAACACUGUAAACUUGUUGUUCUUGAAUGAGGAGAUUAAAAGCAAGUGGUAGAGAACUUGUUUAAAUUGUUUUCUUAAGUAAAAGUUAAAAAAAACCAAAAAAAACCAAAGACACUCCAUUACAAGAUACUUUCAGCAAAAAUUAAAAGCAUUAGGGGAGUGGUGCCCGUGGCCUAGUGGUUAAUAUGUGUAUGUAAUAUGUGGUUAAAAAGGCUGAAGUCCUCGAAGCAGGCAGCCUCCUUUCCUGCAUGUAACUCUUCACUCUCUUUCUCCCCGAUAUACGACUCUAUCCACUGUCCUGACUCUAGAAUAAAGGCAUGGAAAGCCCAAUAAUAAAUAUAUUUUUUUGGGGGGGGGGGGGGGGGGGGGGAGUAUAGGGGAACUAUGUUCUCAUCACAGACAUAGAAAUGUAAAUACCGAAGUAGAGUACAGGUACCUAAAAUUGGAACUUUAUCACAAUAUUAGAGUUGUAGUCUUGAAAUCUUUCCACCGAAGAAAAAUACAUUAAAUGUUUGAUUAUUAAAAAUGUAUUUCAAACUUACUUCUUACUUAAAAUAUCACAAUCAUUGAUAAAGGAACUUACAUAAAUCACGUUUUUGUUGCUUUUUUUUGUUUUUACUCACUGUCAAUGUACCUUUUUCCUACGUAUGAUUCAAAUUGUAGAUUUUGGGUUGUUUCUUCUUUUGUUUCAGUGGUUUAACACGGUUUUAAACCUAAUAUUUUACAGAAAAGUAAAAUAUUAAUUAAUUAAUUAAUUAAAAAAGUUAAGAGAAAAGAGUAACAUUUAUCCAAAGGGAAUGGGGAUAUAUUCCAAAAGGUACACAAUGCUGGAAGAGUUGUCUGGCUUCAUGUCAUUGACAAAUGUUGUAUACUUCUAACCUCACUACAUGUUCAUGUUUAAAAGUUCCUUAAUAUUAAACAGCAACGGAACUUUGAUUUUUGUAGCUUACAUUUGAAGACAAAAAGAAACAGAUCCAGAAACCUUUAUCUUUUUAAUGAGGAUUUGUGGGGAGGAGUUGAUACCAGCAGGUGGCAGCAGAAUCCAAAGUUGUGAUAACUGAAGAAGAGCUGCAGACUUUAGUCACCAGACUAGAGAACAUGGUGACAUUAAUGAGAUUCUGAACAAAAUGUAUGAAGCAGAGCUUUAUUAAACACUUCUGAGGUCGAUGAAAAUUGAGGAUAGAAAAUGAUUAGUGUGUCUUCAGCAGCAGAAUGAUCCCUGUUGUUGUUUUUUUUAAUCACUUUAUUGCAAUGGUCAUACACAAUGAAAAUUCCAGAUCAUUUCCAUCUUUACAAUGCAUUGCCAAAGAGGACACACAAAACAGAAGAGCUAAUUAAAGCUAAAUUAGAGAGUCCAGAAAGAGAGAAAAU